GCCUCCGACAGCCAAUGGCUUUCCCGGCCUGCAAAGCCAGCCCUCCGCGGCCGCCUGGAAGGAGGCGGGACUGGGCGCCGCUGGCGGGGCACCGUUGCGAGAAAGGAGACGGGGCCGGGCGAUUUCCGUCGGCGGACCUUCUCAGCAGCCCCGUCGGCCUUGUGAAAGCCUGAGCAAGCAACCAGAUCAACGUGAAGAAAUUGUGCUCCUGCAUGCCAGCUGCACUUGUCCUUCAGACCUCAGCAUUUUGAAAAGGGGUUAUCACAGUGUGGAAGCAUGUCUUCUUCCAAGCCUUUCACCAGAUUCUGGGAGUGGGGCAAGAAUAUCAUUUGUGUAGGGAGGAAUUAUGCAGAACAUGCCGAAGAGAUGAAGAGCACACUCCCCACUGAGCCACUUUUCUUUCUCAAGCCUUCCUCUGCUUAUGUCAGGGAAGGCUCUCCCAUCAUCCGGCCUGCCUACUGUACCAACCUGCACCAUGAAGUAGAACUGGGAGUGGUGAUUGGGAAGAGAACGCAGUCAGUUCAUCAGGAAGUGGCAAUGAACCAGGUGGCAGGCUAUGCCCUCUGCUUGGACAUGACAGCCAGGGAUAUCCAAGAGGAGUGCAAGAGGAAAGGACUUCCUUGGACAUUGGCUAAAGGGUUCAAUACUUCUUGUCCCGUCAGCAACUUCGUGCCCAAGGAGAAGGUACCAGACCCACAUCAGCUAAAGAUCUGGCUGAAGGUAAAUGGGGAGCUGCGGCAGGAAGGGGAUACAUCAAACAUGAUAUUUUCCAUCCCCUACAUCAUCAGCUACAUUAGUGGAAUUAUCUCACUGGAAGAAGGGGAUAUCAUCCUGACAGGGACUCCCAAAGGGGUUUCUGCAGUAGAAGAGAAUGAUGAAAUAGAAGCUGGGAUCCAGGGGGUGCUCAGCAUGCGGUUUCGAGUAGCACAGCAGAAGAACCAACACUGACAUGAGAUAGUCCCUUUUCCUGGAGAAGAGAGCUUUGCUAGUUCUGAUUGGAGUGCAAAAGGAUGUUGGCACCAUUCUUUUCCUGUGGAAUGUGAGAUACUGGGAAUGGAGCUUCUCAAUGAUUGCCCAAUAGAACUGUCUUCUUGUCCAGAUUCUCUUUUAUUGCAGAGAGAGACAGGACAGAGAGGAGUGCUGAAAUCCUGUGUUGUUGGAUACUGUACAUAAAGACCUGGUUCCAUGUCACAGUCACCCACAUUAUUUUUAAGUUAUGGGUUGUCAUGAACAAGUACACACUGCCCCGCUGUUCCUGUUACAAGCUAGAACAGCUAAACAGCUCAAAGACGCUUUAUCCCUGUUGUUGUUUGUGGGUGGGGUAGGGUGGCAGGGGGAUUGUAUCCAAACCCAGGUUUCUGGCUUGUUUCCCCUCAGGUUUGUUUUGUGGUUGUUCAAGAAAGCCUGGGGUUGUUGCGAUUUCUGAACCAGGCCAAUGGUGCCUCUCUUUUAUAUUUUAAAAAAUGUAAAAUUAUAUAGGGAAGGUGGUUGAACACAGCAAGUAUUCCACUUUGCUUCAAAAUGUUCUUAAUCUAAAUGUAACUGUGUCCUAUCUGUAAAACUCAACCAAUGAAUGAAGGAAUUGUUUUGUUCUGACAAGCUAGACCAUGCCCAUAGAAAAGAACAGGGAGAAUGUUAUUAAAAUAUUUUUAUAUGAUGAAAUUUAGAAAAUAUUUUGCAAUGAAAUCUGAUAGAAAUGAAUACUAAUGUGACAAUAAAACAAUUAUUCUGUC